GUCGCGCAUCCAAGCAACAGACGGUAAACAAACCCUCGCGCGUGGUCGUCGAGACGGAGCUGCGGGGUGACGCUGUUUACCGUGAGGAGAGAAGGCAGCGCGGCGCAAGAUGUCCGACCGCUCCGUGUUUGACGGCGCGGUGUUCGUGUCGUCUGAAAUCAAGCUUCUAGGGGAUUUCAAGCGAGACACGCACCCUGAUAAAGUCAAUCUAGCGGGGAGGGAGUAUGUCGGAGAGCAUGGUCACAUCGCAUGGCUUCCUCUUGUACGAAAAGUCAAGCAGCAAAUUGCCGCAGACCCAACUCUACCCCCAGUGUACCCACCUAUCCUCGGGAUCCCAGAAUUCAUCAGAAGGGCCACCGAACUUGCACUGGGCAAAGAUAGCCCUGCGAUCAUGGAAAGCAGGGUGUUUGGCGUCCAAACAGUUGGAUGUACUGGAGCAGUGCGUCUGGGUGCUGAGUUACUGAGAUCCUGCUACUGUUCAAGCUCUUCCUGGAGUGGGACCAUCUUGCUCUCCUCUCCCUGUGAUGACUCACUGGUUGGCACUUUUAAGGCGGCGGGGAUCGAGGAUGUGCGACAUUAUCGAUACUGGGAUGCAGAAUCCAAUGGAGUGUGUGUGGAAAACAUGGUGCGUGACUUGGAGAAUGCCCCCGAACGAUGUGUGGUGGUCCUGUUUGCUUCCGGCCACCGUCCCACCGGGGCUGAACUUUCUCAGGAGGAUUGGAAACGUGUGGCUGAAGUCAUAGUGAAGCAGCAGUUAUUUCCAUUCUUCUUGAUGUCUGGCCAAGGCUUGUGCAGUGGUUCUCCUGAGCAAGACGCCUGGCCCGUUCGCCACUGUGUGUCUUUGGGGCUUGAACUUCUCUGCGCUCAGUCUUUUUCUCACAACUUUGGCCUUUACGGCGAGAGAGUAGGGCAUCUUCUCUGCGUGUUACAGCAGAACCUGCUGGCCGUACAAUCUCAAGCUGAGAAACACGUUCAGAAGCUGUGGUCCUGCCCACCGAUGGAAGGGGCCAGGGUGGUUGCCACCAUAUUAAAUAAUCCUGCCCAUCUAGUUGAGUGGCAGGAGAGCGUGAAGGCCAUGGCUGAGCGCUGCAUGCUAAUCCGAGAGCGUCUGCGUGAGAGACUGAGGCUGUUGGGUGGUCCGUGGCACUGGGAUCACAUAAUAAAACCUGGAGGGCUUUAUUGCUGCUUCGGAUUUAAAAGUCAACAGGUUGAGUUCCUGGUUCACAAGAAACAUAUCUACGUGUUACCCAACGGCUGUCUGAACGUCAGUGCCAUUAACAGCCGUAACCUGGACUAUGUCGCUGAAUCCAUACAUCAAGUCUUAAGCUCUCAGCUCUGAUCUGACUUCACUGAAACGUCUCUUCAUCUGUAGCACGGCUUUUAUCAGCUUUGAGAAUUGCUGUCUUUGAGACAUGUGUGCAUUUCCAGUAUAUUCAAAAGAACUGUUGUAGGCUUAACUUGUAAUGAAGGCUACAAUAGAGAGCAGCAAUAUGCGUUACUGGUUUCCAAUUUUCGUACUUAUUUGUUAUUUUGUUUGAUAUUUAUAUUCGUAGGACAGACUGUUUUUGAUAGGGCCGAAAGAAAAAACUCAAGAAAUAAAAGUAAAUCUGUAUAUCACAGUGUGAUGCCAGUUAACAAGUAACAUUCUCACAUUUCUCUCACAUACAACACUUAGAAGAGUAUUCAUUACCAUAUUCACACAUCGGUAUCCAAGACAUGUAAUGGCAUGGCCUGAAAUGAAAGAUGACAUUUUUUUAAAUCAGCUGUUUAUUUUAAUUUUUUUUCCCCCAGUUUUUAAAAAUUAGCUAAAAAGUACAAAAAGAGACAGAUUAGAUUUGAAUAUAUUUGUAAUCUGACCGUUACUUUUUAUGAUUAAACUGUGUGCUGAAUUAUUAGGUAAAUAGAUUUUCUGGUCAUAUUUUUUUUCCACUUUACCAAUUCUAAACCACAUCAAUCAUAAUAACUACUGGCUUUGUAUUUAAUCACUUAGAAUUGAUAUAUAAUAGUCUAGAAGUCAAAAACUAAUUUUAUUCAGGUAUGCCGAAUUAUUAGGCAGGUUUUCUUUUACAGAUAAAAUGAGCCUUAAAAAGACAUUUAUUUCAAACUAAAAGUUAAAACUUAUUAAAUGCCCAUGAGAGGGAUGCAAUAAUAGAAUUUGCAAAUAAUAGAAUUGCAACAGUGACCAUCAGGAACUGUUUAGUCUCCAGCUCCAGAGUUUCCACAAGUGCAACGUGUCAGGAUCUCAAGGACUUAAAGUUAAAAAUGUAGAAAAAGUGAAAUUGUCUAAUAUAUGUGAUAAUGGUAGUGACAUGAAAGUACAAAAAAAUGUGCAUGGAAAUGUAAGAAUGUAAUAUUUCAAUGUUAAGUAAUAAAUGUGAUGGGACAUCAUUGUAGUCUUUUUAAAAUUGUGUUAUGAAAAUUAGAACAAAAUGAUCUUCUAGAAUCUGUCAGAAAGUUUUAGGAGCUAAUUUUGGCAAGACAGACUUUUGAGAGAUUGCUCCUUACUGCCAAAAUUCUGGAAGAUAUAUUCUUCAAGAGUCCUUAUUUUGCUAGUCACUCAAAAUCUGCUUAUGAAACCCAUGAAAAAUCAGUCACAACACUUCAGAAUGUUAUUCUUAUUAAAGUACAAUUUUUCAACUGUUUUGGGUCAAUGGCCCAAAAAGUCAAUUUCCUAGUUUAAAUAUAAUCUAUUUAAAUGCAUAGAGAUCAAGAGUUCAAGCAAUUAAACUGCAGCAAGUCAAGUCAACAUUAUUUAAACAGCCCUUUUUAUGAUACAGAUUGUGUCAGUGUUUUGAAAUGACUAAAACUCCAUCAAUCUUCCCUGACCAGACAAAACCAGCAGUUUAAUUCUAGGCUGCAACAAAGUCCGAUUGUGCAGAGAUCUCAUCUGAGGAAAUGUCUCUGGGGCUCAAAGGAUAUAGUGUGUCAUGUGUAACCACUCAGAAUAAACUGUUAUCAUCCCUUUUGUGAAUGGUAGCACAGUAGGGGAUGUAAAGAAGUUACAUUAGACCCUUAACGUUAACUAUCUGGGACAGGAUCCUGGAGUUUCUUCACACAGCAUUGUUCUUGCUCUAGAUUUGUAUUUGAGCAACUGGUACCAUAACUGGUUUUCUAGGAAAGAAAAAUGACAAAACCUGCACGCAGUAAUUUUAACUUGAAUCAUUGUAAUUACCAAUUAUUUAAACAUAUAUAACGUGCCUAUUUAAAUAUAUUACUUGAAGUUGUACUUAACAUUUUUUGUUGAAGACAAAUGGCAUUUUGAAGGCAUUUUGUUGGUCAUUUUAAAAGGGUGACCUCCUUACUCUCACUAAAUUUGUUGAAUUGGGUCUGUCUUGUUCUUGUCAUCCCCAUCCACCUUAUAAUAUACAUGAAAGAUAAUAAGUUGCACAUAUUAAAUGUAUGCACAAACGAAAAUACACACUUGUAGUUUUGAUUGAUGCCUUGAAGGACAGUCUCCUGUACACGGGUCACAGCAAAGUACAGAUUUUGUUCUUACAGUCCGUUUAAUUCAUCUGUAAUAAAAAAGCCCGGGAUGCUACUAGAAGCGUCCGAUGUCCUUGAAAAGUGUCUAGUGUCCACAGUGUAUAUAGUUACUGUGAUAUUUCGUAUUAUUGUUCUGUAAAAUUGAUAACAUCAUGGCCACAGCUUAGCAAAGCUGUUUCAGAGGAUAUAUCUAAGUGUCCGAUCGUGACAGAACAAGAUGACUUUCACAUUAAAAGUGACACACAAUCUAUUGUACUCGAAGAUAAAACUGCAAUUGAUCAAAACCAUUCCACCCGGGACAAACACAACUUCACUUACACUUACCCUUACCCUUAUGGAUUUCAAAACACUUAACAAUAAUCCAAGGUCAUUACCUGAGCAUGUGUCUUCUUGGACCUAUUAGUCAGGUCUAAUAGUCUCGUGCCGUUGUUCUCCACUGAUAAUUUACUGCUGUCUUUGUAAGGGACAGAGAGGACAGCAGCAGCAGGCCGCCCACACACUUCAGCACAAUCUAGAUACAUCUGCUGAAGAAUCAGUCAUUUCCUCCACACAGUUUUUAGUUUCCUCGAUUGAUGACUCACAGCUCUCAACAAGCCAAGACGAAUGUUUUUCUGGUUAACCAUAUGAUUAGCAUUCAAACUCCAGCGAGAGACAUAAGUGCUUUGGUUUCCUGAAUCAAAAAGCCUUUUGUUUCUAAUAUUCCGCAUUAUACUACAGCUUGCGAUCUUUAAUGCUUCAGUUGGUUGAAUCGUGCUUUAAGUUCUAGAGUUCAGCAGCACUGGGACUCUGUGGCGCGUGAUUUGUGCUCUGAGUGAACCCAGGUGAACAGACCUUAGUCUUUACGGCGGCUGGAGUUCUUGUGUAGGCAUUUAAUGUGUUUUGUUGUUGAUGUUUUGGAUGAAUGGAAGAACAAGCAGUGUUGGGAACGUUAACGCAACUCAUUUAAAACAACUUCAGCUCUACUUUUUUGAAAUGUUUAUUUGCACAGCUAUGACAGGAAACACUGUCAAACAAUGCCCUCAGGAAAAAAAACUUAAAAAAAUUAAAUCGUAGCCCACAUAAACCCACAUGCGAAAAAAAAGAAUAAGCAUUAAGUUCUAUUCUUUGUUCUAAACUCCUGAAACAUUGGUGUCCCAUACCAUAAUAUUGGUGUACCACAUAUGCAAGUGUGUGUGUUUGAAAAUAUUCAGAUAUAACCCCUUUUGUAAUCAUUAACAUUUACUAACAGGAACUAGUUAAAAAACAGUCCCCAAGUCUUUUGAAGCGUAUGAUAGUAUUGUGUAGAAACAGACUGUACAUACUGUACAAUACACUACUGUUCAGAAGAUUGGGGCUGCUAAGAUUUUGUUUGGUUUUUGUUUUUAAAAGAAGGCUCACCAAACAACUCAAUUUGUUUGAUUAAAUACAGUUAUCACAGCAAAAUCUGUUUUGUAUUUUACAAUGUGUUAAAUUCAACAACUCUUUUUAAUUGUCCGAUUUCUCAUCAUCAGUAACUCUGAAAUGAACCCAAUCACACGACACGAAACAGACAGAUAUUACAUUGAUAAGAUGGUCAACAAAACGAAAGCGAUGAAAAAUGAUGUAGAGGCCAGUGCUUUGUCCUUAAGCAGAAGGACUCGGGCACGUCAAUCAUUUUUUCCCCAGGGUGAGAGGAGUUCAGAGAAACAAGAUCAGGUGCUUGGAGGAUCACAGAGACUCUGCUAUUAUAGAAGAGUGCUCAUUGAAAACCAGGAAGAAAUAUCUACACAUUUCAACCUUUGUUUCCACGUCUCAAGAACAGGAGAAAGCCGAGAUGUAAUAUGCCCUUGUCAUGAGUGGUUUAUACAUAAAAGCACAAUGCAUUGUUCAUCAGAAGCGUAGCAGCUUUUUUUUUUUGGUAGCACUUUGAUGAGAUUGGGUUGAUGUUUAGAGCCGCUCUGGACGAGCAUCGUUGCUCAAAAUUGAAUGCACCUCAUCAAUGACUUUCUAUCAAGAUUUUCCAGGUAUUGUAAAGAGCGUUCUGAAAACAUACUGAAUUAUUCAGUGGAACUGCUUGUGCAGACCUUUAUUCAGAAGAUGAUUCAACAGUGAGAAAUAUUAGCGCGAAGAAGCUUUCAAAGAUGUAACAGUGAUCAGUGUGACAGUCAUUUACACACACUUACGCCAUUUGUGUAGUUUCUUGUAGUGCUUGAGAUUGAUUGAUAUGAGAUUUUUUUUUUCUUCGUGGAACACAAAAGGAGAUAUUUUGAAUAUUGUGCUGAUUGCUCUUUGUCGUUCAAUUAUAAUAACCGGGGACUCUGGCUUUCAUGCUUGAAAAACGGUCCCCGAGUGUUUUGAAGUAUGUGACAGCUUUGUGUGAGAAAGGUUUGUUUUUUAUUAUAUUAUAAAAGGGAAUGUAUUACUGUGGUUCCAAGUUAUUCUUCAGAAACCGUUCCAGCAUGCUGUUUUGAUGUUCAAGAAACACCGAUGAGAAAACAGCAUUUGAAAUAAACACAUUUUCAAAACAGGAGUCGCUAUUCAUUUUCACUGACAGAAUAGGAUAAGUUUGAAAUACUACAUCUUGUGAUUAACUAGUAAAUAAAGUAAAGCUGUAUAUGAGGUUUAGUCAAAGAUAGACUCUUCCUUGAGAGUAUAUAGACCGCUCUGUGGUCUGACGCAGAGUGAAAAAACUCAUUUGGGACUGUGUUCGUGAUUCAUAUGCAGAGAGUGUAAUUCUGUAAAGGCCAAUCCAGUAAACUAAGUCAAUGUGACAGAGCAAGGGGUCGUCUACAGACUAACAGUCCAAACAGGUCAACAAAAACACCUACAGUAUGACCACUUUUAUGUUAAUGGACGUUCAGUUCUGCAUCCAGGCUUAUUGAGCAUUAAAUGAGUCUAAUCAGUUUAGAGCCACAGGAAAUUACAUCAUGACAACACCGACUUUAUAGACUACGGUGUCCUGAGCAGACGUAUUGUGUGCGUGCCAUGAUUUGAUCACUAGCCAAAUACCUG